GAUAUGUUAUCGUUUUUAUCGUCUCUGAACCGAUUAGAAAUGAUUUUUUUCUCUAUCUUGCGGAGUUAUUGAGACUGUAGCUUGACAAAGUAAUGAAAAGUGAAUGAUUAUUUUUGUAUACGUGACUAGUGAUUGUUUUAUUUUAUUGGACUAUUAGGUGGUUUGUUAUUGUGAUCGUGUUCAUUUUCUCGCUGUCAUUGUUUAAAAUGAAGAAUAUUUAGUUUACCUAUUUACACAAAUUGUUGUAAAUCUGAAAUUCAGUAGUUGGUAUUCAUCGGUAUGCUCUCUCUUCAACGUAAUCAGAAGUUGAAUUCGUUAGUUCAAUGGUUCAGAAAGAAAGCACCGAGUCACUCUACGAGAAAUGAGAGUCCCUCUGCGAGAAAUGAUUAUUUAUUGGUCGCUGACACUCAUUGUGAUUCGAAUUUAGAUUUAAAAAAAGGAAACUUCUCGUGGACGAUCAACAACUGCGCAUCAGUUUAUGAAUUAAUGGAGAAGGAAAAAUUGAAAUCGUCACCAUUCUCAGCUGUAGAUGAUGAUUUCAAGUGGCAUUUGGAAUUUUCCAUUGAACGGUGUUUCAACAAUGAUUGGUUCUACGAAAUAAGUGGAGUAAAUGAAACGGAAAAUAAAGAAUACAUUUCGGUAUCUUUUUACGCGGAUAGUGAAGAAAAACUCGAAACAUGCGGUCCUCUAAAGGGUAAAAUAAAAUUUUCGUUCUUAAAAGCAGACUCCAGUAAAGAUGCAACUGAAGAAAUCAAAUUCCGUUUCGAAACAGACGCCGAUUCCAGGGAUAGCUCUGACGAUGAGAUGCCUCGUACCAGUGUUACGAAAAUGUUUCCGUGGAGUCAAAUAAAAAAUUACAUAUUUCACGAUAAAUUGACGAUUUUUUGCGAAUUUUCCUUCAUGAAAAAUAAUAACGUUUCCAAUAUUUCUACCUCAUUGUGCUCUUCUCGACAGAAAACGAAUUUCGCUCGAGAUUUUGAAAAAUUAUUAAACGACGAAGAUUUCAGUGACGUUACUAUUUCGAUCAAAGGUAAAGACUAUCCGGCUCAUAAGAGUAUUCUCGCUGCUCGCAGUUCGACGUUCAAUGCUAUGUUUAAAAGCGAUAUGCGAGAAAGUACUACGAAUCGUGUCGAUAUCGAGGAUAUAGAACCGGAUACGUUUGAAGAAAUGUUACGCUAUAUUUAUACCGGAAAGUCGAAGAAUUUGGGCACGUUGGCUUUCGAAUUGUUGCCAGUUGCUGAGAAAUACGAUAUAAAGGAUUUGAAGAUCGAUUGCGAACAGGCGUUAUUUGAAAAAUUGUCCAGGGAGAACGUGGUGAAAAUAUUGAUAUUGGCGGAUAUGCAUAAUGCAGAUCAGCUGAGAACACAGACGUUGCAGUUCAUCAAGUUGUAUGGUACUCAUUGUGACGAUAUUAGGAAUACGGAGCUUUUCAGCGCAUCGACUACUCGACCUCAGUUGAUGAAAGAUGUGUUGCAUGUACUUUUAGAGAAAUAGGUGAAAAUUGAAUCGUGACAAUGUACAUAAAUAUGGCUUAGAUUUUCCUUAUUAUUUUUACCGCUAAAUUUAUAUUGUAGGUAUAAAUAUAAUUUGAUUUUUUUUUAAU